CCUCCCUGUUGACAUACUUUCCCGGAAAACCCUAUUUUCCCGAGGAAGAGGGAAAAAAAAAAAAAAAACAGAGAGGGAGGAAACAAGAGUGAAAUGAAGAUCAUCAUCCUCGAAUCCCCGUUUCUCCCUCCCCCUCCCAAUUCAAAAACAAAGCCAAAACCAAAGUCCAUAAACCCCAACAAAGUCCCUAUUAAAUCCUCAAUCCACCCAGACCCUUGGUCCUUAAGCGACGGAAACAACAUAUCUAAACCCAAACCCAAAUCCAAAAACCCCAAAAACCCGUUAUCGGAUGACAACGCCAGGCGCAUGAUCAUAGCCAGAGCGCGAUACUUGAGCUUGUUGCGUAAGCACCAAGGCCCGCAAGCUCAAACACCAAAGUGGAUAAAGAGAACUCCUGAACAGAUGGUGAUGUAUUUGGAGGAUGAUAGAAAUGGGCAUCUCUAUGGGAAGCAUGUUGUGGCAGCUAUAAAGAGAGUGAGGGGAUUGGCUGGCAAGAAAAAUGAAGAGAGGGAUAUGAGGUUGCUUAUGAGUGGGUUUGUGGGUAAGUUGAGUUUUAGAGAAAUGUGUGUUGUUUUAAAAGAGCAGAAAGGGUGGAGGGAGGCCAGAGACUUCUUUUCCUGGAUGAAAUUGCAGUUAAGCUAUCAUCCGAGCGUUAUUGUCUAUACGAUUCUUUUGCGAAUAUAUGGGCAAGUUGGAAAGAUCAAGUUAGCUGAACAAACCUUCUUGGAGAUGCUUGAAGUAGGAUGUGAACCGGAUGAAGUUGCAUGCGGCACCAUGUUGUGUUCUUAUGCCAGAUGGGGACACCAUAAGGCUAUGUUUUCGUUUUAUUCAGCUAUAAAAGAAAGAGGGAUUGUAGUCUCUAUUGCAGUUUACAACUUUAUGCUGUCUUCAUUGCAGAAGAAAUCACUUCACGGAAAGGUUAUAGUAUUGUGGAGGCAGAUGGUUGAUAAAAGGGUUGCACCCAAUAAUUUUACUUAUACAGUGGUUAUUAGUUCACUUGUCAAGGAAGGUCUUCACAAGGAGGCUUUCAAGACUUUCAAUGAGAUGAGGACCAUGGGGCUGGUGCCUGAGGAAGUAAUAUAUAGCUUGCUUAUUACUGUGAGUACCAAAAACAGUAACUGGCAUGAAGCAUUGAAAUUGUACGAGGACAUGAGAUCUCACAGAAUAGUUCCGAGUAAAUUCACCUGUGCUUCACUUCUGACUAUGUAUUACAAAAUCAAAGACUAUUCUAAAGCCCUUUCCCUCUUUAUACAAAUGCAGAGCAAGAACAUCGCAGCUGAUGAAGUUAUAUAUGGAUUGCUCAUAAGAAUAUAUGGCAAACUUGGUCUCUAUGAGGAUGCGCAAAAAACAUUUGAAGAGACUGAGCGAUCAGGUCUACUGAGUAAUGAGAAAACAUAUUUAGCAAUGGCACAAGUGCAUCUCAGUUCAGGAAACUUUGAGAAAGCCUUGAGUGUUAUUGAAGUGAUGAAAUCUAGAAACAUCUGGUUAUCACGAUUUGCUUAUAUUGUGCUGUUGCAGUGUUAUUGUAUGAAAGAAGAUUUGGACUCUGCUGAAGUUACAUUUCAAGCUUUAUCAAAGAUAGGAUGUCCUGAUGCUGGUUCUUGUAGUGACAUAAUUAAUUUAUAUGUUAGACUUGGCUUGACUGAAAAGGCCAAGGAUUUUAUUGUCCACAUAAGGAAAGACCUAGUAGAUUUUGAUGAGGAGCUUUUCAAUACAGUUAUUAAAGUAUUUUGCAAGGAAGGCAUGUUAAAAGAUGCUGAACAAUUGGUAUAUGAGAUGGGCACAAAUGCAUCAUUCAAGGAUAAUAGAUUUUUUAAGACAUUUUCUAAUGUUAUGUAUGGAGAAAAUAAGGAACUGGAAAACAUUAUGGUUUCUGCUGACACCACGGCUCUGGGGCUUAUCCUGAGUUUAUACUUGGAAAAUGGCAAUUUCAACAAGACAGAAGAAUUCCUGAAGUUGAUACUUGAGGCUGGUAGUGGCUUGUCUGUGGUGAGCCAACUAGUAAACAGCUUUAUUAGAGAAGGUGAUCUAUUCAAAGCGGAGGCAGUAAAUGGUCAAUUAAUCAAGCUAGGCUCUAAACUAGAGGAUGAAACAAUUGCUUCUUUGAUUAGUGCAUAUGGGAGACAAAACAAGCUGAAACAGGCCCAGGAGGUCUUUGCAGCAGUUGCAGAUUCUCCAAUAUUGGGAAACCCAAUAAUUAACUCAAUGAUUGAUGCAUGUGUCAAAUGUGGUAAAUUUGAGGAGGCAUACUUACUUUAUGAAGAAGUGGCACAAAGAGGGCACAAUCUUGGUGCUGUUGGUAUUGGCAUGGUUGUGAAUGCUUUGACCAAUUCUGGCAAACAUCCAGAGGCUGAAAAUAUUAUUUGCAGGAGUAUUCAGGACAGGAUGGAGCUUGAUACUGUGGCGUACAAUAUUUUUAUCAAGGCAAUGCUAGAAGCAGGUAGAUUGCAUUUUGCAACCAGCAUCUAUGAGCACAUGCUGUUAUUGGGAUUCACUCCAUCAAUUCAGACAUAUAACACUAUGAUUAGUGUAUAUGGACGUGGUCGAAAGUUGGAUAAGGCUGUGGAGGUGUUCAAUACAGCUUGCAGCUUGGGUGUAUCUUUGGAUGAAAAGGCAUACAUGAAUAUGAUUUACUAUUAUGGCAAGGCUGGUAAGAGACAUGAGGCAUCUCUCCUGUUUGCCAAAAUGCAGGAAGAGGGGAUAAAACCUGGGGUGGUUAGCUACAAUGUAAUGGCCAAAGUAUAUGCCAUGUCAGGACUUUAUCAUGAAGUUGAAGAACUAUUCAAAGUUAUGGAGAGAGAUGGUUGUCCACCAGACUCGUUCACAUACCUCUCCCUUGUUCAAGCUUAUUCAGAGAGUUCGAAAUGCUUGGAGGCAGAGGAAACAAUAAAUGCCAUGCAGAAGAAAGGCAUCCCUCCUUCCUGUGCCCAUUUUAAGCAUUUGCUCUAUGCUCUUGUGAAGGCUGGUCUUAUGGUGGAAGCAGAAAGGGUGUAUAUGGAGCUAUUAUCGGCUGGUUUAAAUCCAGACCUUGUCUGUUGUCGGGCUAUGCUUAGAGGUUACAUGGACUAUGGACAUGUGGAAAAAGGCAUCAAAUUUUAUGAACAGAUCAGGGAGUUAGUAAAAGCAGACAGAUUUAUAAUGAGUGCAGCUGUGCAUCUGUACAAAUCAGCUGGAAAGAAACUCGAAGCUGAAGUUCUUUUUGAAUCCAUGAAGAGUUUGAGGAUCUCGUUCCUCAAUGAGCUUGAAGUUGGAUUGAAGAUACAAUGCCCCAGCCACGUAUCCCAGGUGACCGACCAAGAGCUCUCAGUUAUAUGAACUAUGAAGACGGGGGAUCCUGAGAGAUGCCAAAAACUUCGAUGAGGAGCAAAUACGAGCAAAUACCACAUGGUUGUGUACCUGUAGCGACAUACUGGUGUAUUUAGAGCUCCUACAGCUUAAAAGGUUGAAAUUGUGAUCAAGGAUUUGUUCAUCAGAGUACACCUUAUAGCCUAGGUAUGCGACAUGAUGAUCUGUAUUAUGUACCUUACAAUCCUGGGACGAAGGCAUUUGUGCUCCCCUCAAUAACAUUUUAUACGUCGACGACAGAGGAUAUCUUUUCACCCAUGGCGGUGCUCUUGGUUUUCAUGGUAAGGAUGUGGGUCUUCAGCUGCAUGAGAAGAAAAAUAUUCACAAGGCAACAUUGGCACUAAAGAUGAUGCCAGUGUAGUGCAGUAUGCGUUCAUCUAUGUAUUGAAUGUACUAACGGAAAAUUUUCAAUUCUGGGAGAAAUGGGAAUGUGUAGAACUGUAAAGAUAGUAUUAUUUAUCAAUGAGAAUUGUCUCUUUUACUGUAAAAGGACAGACAGGUAUCAGUUUUUUUGUCUGUGGAUGCUGAUAAUGUCCUUUCAUCAAGGAACAUAGGAAGGACCAUUGAUGAUUCAACUUAUUUUUUGUUUCUUGUA